CUUCGAUGUGGUGCAGUGCAUUGUUGAUACAAUACGAUAACGUUCUCGUCGUGAAGCUUGUAGGCCAAAACAUUGUUAUCCAAGAGCGAAGAAUAAUCAAUCUAUGUACAACACAUCCUAAGGCUACAGAAAAUGGUAUCAUACUAAAUUUACAUCGCAGCAUUGUAAAACCGACUGCGCUUAAGGUAUUCCAAUGCAAAUAAAAUUACAGGCAGAAGUUCCUGGUGCAUCACAGAGGCAGCAUCUUCUAACGUCUUUAGAUUUAUUCAAUAAUAUAAUCAGGAGUAUAGGUUUGAAACUUAAAUAAUUUUACGAUCUUCCACAGACUACUAACGAUAUGUAUUAUAACGAUAAUAGUUAGAAACUCUGAUUAAACAUAGGUAGUAUGUAUAUGACAAAUGUCCGGAGUAGAAUAACGAAAUAAUAAUGUCCAGUCUCUUUAAUUUUAAUUCCUCGACGCAGAUUUUUUCUGUUGGAAGUACUGUGAAACUCUAUCAUAGCAAAACAGACACCAAUGCCAACAGGCAACUGUCUGCGUUUUUCGAAGGAAAAUUGUUCAACUAUCAGUACGACAGGGAAUCAAAAAUAUGGUUGAAUUAUGGGAACUCCACCUUGGUCGCAGAUGAUCAAUCCAGGAGCCAAAUUUUAUUCACUCCUGAUCCGUUGGGGAGCCCUCUGAUGCUGAAAACCACCCAAGGCAUCAAUUUCUAUCGACGUUCGGGGGACAGUUUCGAUCUGUUGACGAAAAGUGAUGAUUUUUUCCAAAAUGAAUUUCAUGACUUGUACGGCUGGGACGAGCCUGGAAGCAUUCUGAAGGUUGGGCGCUUUUAUCGCGAUAGGAGCUAUGUUGGUAUCUUGACUAAUCGUCUCAGGUACGGAGUGAAAUUUUAUGCCGUCAUCGAGAGUGAACUCCUGGCGGGACGAUAUCCAAUAUGGGCGUUAGUAACGGAUUUGAGUUUGAUUGGGGAUUGCUCAAAAGCAGACAUUUUCCUAUCCGAUUUGUGGGGGAAAGGUCAAGAAAGCAUCAUUGUGCGGAGACGGGAAGGAUUGGACAUUUAUGAGUUCAAUGAAAACAACGGGCUUGAACGCUUACUAGAAGUUCCCGAUGCGGCCAAGUUCGACGACUCUGAGCAAAAGUUAUUUUUCCCUUAUCUAACAGGCCAAGAAUUCAGAGAUAUCGUAGCGCUUAAUUCUAGUGGAUUAUUUCUUUUCAAAUAUGCCCACGAGGAGAACAACUACCAGUUUACGCAUUAUAAUUCAUUGUUUUCCAAAGUAAACGGGUGGAGUACCAAUCACGUGGAAUCAAUUCACUUUGCAGAUUUGGACCUUAAUGGCAGACAGGAUAUGGUUUUCACUGGACCAGCUGGGAUCGACAUCGUUUCGUUUGACAAUAGAACAAACGAGUGUAGAUCUUUGCUGAAUAAUGUCCCGUUCACCGGCCCGUGGUACCAUAGCGAAAUCAAAGCGGUACUUCCUGAGGACCAAUCGCAGAUGUACAAUCCAAUGGUGUUUAUGCAAUACAGAAAUGAACUCCGCUGGGCAAAUUUAUUGGAAGGUGACUAUUUCAUUCAAGAAGAAUUUGAAGAACAGAAUGAAACCUCUUCUCGCAUAGAAACACCUGUUAUACCAUCAUUAGUUCAGUUACCACCCAGGGAAGAGAAACCGUUGCAAUUGCUAAGGGACAAGCUGGACUGGUCCUGGAUUACCGAUUCAGUGGAUAGGGAUACGGGAAAACCGAGAUUUCAGCUGCCUCUAAUAGAUCUAUCCGAAGAAGUGAGCCUCUUGAAACUAGCGCUUCGGUACGACGGAAACAGCAAAGCGUCGGAUAUCCUGGGUGUUGGUUGGUCUUUGCCACCUAACUUCAUAGCUUUGGAUCACCAAAACAGUGUUUUUCCCGAGGACGAGAAGCACUACGUUGUGAUCCAGGGUGUACCGCAGCAGUUGGUAUCAGAUUCAGGUCAUUCCAUCGAGGGUCUUUAUUGGUUUAACGGGAUGAAAAAUGAAUCGGACAUCCAUAUUCGUCAUUCGACGGAUCAUGAAAGAUGGGAAAUUAAAAGCAAAGGAAUUAAGCAAGUUUUUGGACGAACGGAAAAAUCCGGAACUGGUGCCAUAAACUUGGAUUUGAUUUGGGAGAAUUGGCGAGGUAAGGGAAAUAGUUCGACGGGGUUAAGAAACCUUGUUACUGGCUGGUACUUAGCAGAAGUUAGUGACGAUGAUGGUAAUUCAAUUUAUUAUAGAUAUGAUUCAGUUGACGAUACCGUUCCCACGGGCAACAAAUACACUCAGGAAGUAUACUUGAAAGCCAUCUCUGAUAAUAAUGGGAAUGAACUCAUUUUAAAUUAUUCCAACAAAGAUCGAAGCGAAUAUAAAGUACUUCCUGCUGUAGAUAAUGAUGGAUUUUUCAAUAUUAACCGAUUACAGACACGAUAUCUGAGUGGUUGUACGAUAAUGACCCAACGUUAUCAACAAGAUAUCGACUUUGUUUACAAAGUGUCAAAUGGUAAACGCUUUCUCACGAAGAUUAUUCAAGAAGGUGACAUCACUGGUGAACCAAUUGUAGAGUUCAUCUACAAGAAGAUGUCUAGUUCGGACUUGCUAACGAAUGUAAUAUUGCCUACGGGUGCCAUGGUUGAGUUCGAUUACCAAUUCCUUGGAUCAACAUCUGCCAUCACCGAAGAAUUAGGAGCAAGGUUCGACCUACCGACAAACUAUAGAGUUGACUAUGGAGAGGAAGAUAUUUUGAUUAGCUUUCGGAAUGAGCAAGGACAGGUUGUGCUUCGAUUGUUCAACCAAGACAUGACUCAAGAAUUAGGAUCUUCGGUAUCCAGUUCUGCUUUAACAAGAUUUCCCUUAUUAGGGAGAGGGUUAGCAAAAUCGCAUGAAAUAGGUCGCGCUGAAGAAUUCUUUGCGGUUGUUUUGCAUUAUAGUACUGAUAGAGAGCUAUGCCUGCUUCGUAAAGAACUUGGUGAGUGGAAAUCGGCCGCAAAAUGCUAUGACUUCAGUGAGAAUGCGGUCAUCAGAUUCGGAAAAGAUUUCGUAGUGGUGGCUGAUGUUGACUCUGCUGCGCAGUUGAUUGAAUGGCACGCUGCAACUGAGACGUGGAUCGUGCGAACAUUUUGUGGACAGACUUCAAUACAUGGAAUACCUGUGCUUAUUGCAGCAUUUGAUAGAAUGUUUGUUGUUUAUGACAACAGACGUUUGUGUAUGGGAUAUAGAAAAGAGAAAAAUGAGUGGAGCUCCAAAGUUAUUGCAGACGUUCCCGGAGUUAUACAGAACAUUAAAGAAACGUUGAAUAAAUUCGACUUGGAAAGAGAGACACACAAUCAACUAUUGAAUUACUUCACCAGCAAUGCGCUUUACCUUGAGAGGAACCUUAUUCUGUUGAAUGGAUGGAAACUAGAAGGAACGCAGCUUUAUUCCAUGAUGAACUUGUUUGCAAUGGGUAGCAGCUAUGACGUCGCUCAUCGACAACAGUUCAAGGUAGUCCAAGAUGACCUGAGCCAAUUUUCCCAAGAAAUGGAUGGCCAUGACGGCAAUUUUUUUACCAUCGCGUAUAAACAAGUUGAAGGCAUAUUUAAGCUUAUGGUUAAAGGUUUUCGGGGUCCAAUGCUGGAUGAAAUAUAUCAACAUUACAACAAAACGCUGGAGCAGUUCUUCGAAGACACAUGUAGAAAUAAGAAUGGCUGCGGUAAACGUUACGAAUAUGUGAGGGAAGAUAUAAAGAAAGAAGUGGACAAAACGAUACAAGAAAUUCACGAAAAAGUAAUCGAAUCUUUGGGUAAAGAUUUCCUUCUGAAUCCCGGCAAUUACACUGGGAUUCUAAGUUCGCAAACGGCAACUUGCGGAAACAGAAAGUUCACUUACAUCGGAGAUACGUGGAAAGAAGGGACAUUUAUAAGGAACGAAUUGAACUCGGUUCAUUUAUCGAUUCCACUAGGUGACAAGUUGAUUCUUAGUAAGCAAGGAACGAAAUCACCACUGGAGUUAUAUAAACAGGGCAUCGAUGGACAUAAGGAAGGUAAUGCUUUGCUGAACCUCGAUAUUAGAGAAUUGAAUCAAACUUCGUCUCGUAAUAUGUAUCCCAUUUACUUGGCGUACCAAGAAAAAGACAAACAAAUGAGCGUUGUUGAAUUUACAGUCGACGGCAGUUUAGGAAACGUCUAUAAGCUACCUCUGGAGGAGAAAUUGAGCCCUUGGGGUAGUUAUCAAACGCUCGUUACGACCAUCGAGCAUUCCGAUACCAACACGAGCUGUACUGGCGUUUUCCGCCAACAGCUUGGUAUCAGACGACUGCUGCCCAAUCCCGUUGUUACCAAGAUUGAGAUCAAGUUCGGUAACGGAAAUAAACGGGUUUCAGGUUUUGACUACCAUUCUCCAAAAGCCUCUGGAGAUUCAGUUUAUUAUGAGAGCAUUACAACGAUUCCUGGCAAUGAUAAGUCGUCCUUCGGUUGGGUUGAAGAAAUUAGGGGAGCUGCUGUGGGAAAUAAGGUGUUCAACUCGCAAGGAAUUCUAAUAGCAACCAGAAAGCAAGAGGAAGAAGAGCCGAACGACUACGACGAAGCAAAUGAAGGCGAAAAGUUAUAUGCGAAUACUACCUUAUAUGAUACAACCGGAAGAUUGGAGGUAGCUCAAUUUUUCCCUGAUGAAUUGUCGGAUGACGAGGUUGGCUUCUAUGGUUUUGAGGAUUACGAAAUCAAUAGAAUCGAGGUACAAAAUUCUACCAGUGAGAAGAGAUGGAAGUUCAACGAAACGUGUGUGGUGAAACAGGGAUUUUCGUUUACCGGGGAGAACUUUUUGAGGUUGUCCAAAGGUAUUUUGGUUGGAACGUUUCAACCUAAAAAUCAGUAUCAGGAAUAUGUUGCGUCAAGUUGGCUUCGAUCCCCUAGGAAUUCUCUAGAGAUUGAUGCUGUAGUACCCUACUUAAAGGCAAUUAUUCAAGCUGAAAAUGGGGAUGAAGCGUCGGUAUUAUUAAGUGAGAUUAAAUACCAGACUAGAGAUUGGUUUUAUUUGGAGGUAAUAAUUAAUCUACCUUAUGUGAAGCAGAUAUAUGCAGAUACACAGCAGAAUUCAACUGCAUUGUCAACCAAUGACGGGGACAUGAAAAUAAUUGUUGUUUUAGGACCGACUAAUAAUACUACAGUAGAGAUCGACCAUGUUCGCUUUUCUCCACUAAGAAGCGAUUUUCAAGCAAACGUGUACGAUUCGAAGGUAGUAAAAAUCAAAGAAGUGAUAAGGGCUAACGGUUCAGUCCGCAGACAUAUUUACAACAGUCAUCAAGAAUUGAUGGCCAGCUUCAACGAGUAUGGACAACUCGUCGAGUUGAACACACAUACUAAGGCCUCCAGCAUAGACAGAGUAGUGAAACUUAGAAGCAAAGUGAAAGUUCAACCAGAAUCGGGAUUCCACGAAGAUUUUUCUCCGUAUUCGUUCCAAAAACGCUGGACCAUAGACGAACCUAAUGCCUGGCAGAUAUCUCCUGGACAGCUGCACCAUUCCACUGGCAACUCUCAUGCUUUGCGCCUUGAUCCAUACGAAAUGAGCUCAGCUUCGUUUGGCAUAAGCCUCUGCUUUUCCUUACAAUCUGCGAACGCGGCAAUAAAACUCAACGACGAGUUAAAGCUUGAGCGCAAUGGUGGAAGAGUUGAGCUCUCAUUUUUGGACAAGAAGCUUGUUGUUCCUCUUAGUGCAGAAAUGUUGAUUCUCUCUGAACACGGUCGAUUGUUCAUUUGGAUAGACGGAGGCUUAUAUUUCGACACCUUUUCGUAUACCUCUUUGUUCGAGUGGAACGUGGUUGGAGAAGUGCAAAUAGGUAACGUAUUGGUGUUUAGUGAACCUCGUGUUCUAGUGACGUAUCUCAACGAACUGGGUGAGAAAUUGCAAGAAGCGAUGUUGGAAGACCAAAACUCCGUGGUAGUGAAGCAGUACCUUUAUGACAAACUCGGAAGACAAUCCAUCACGACGCAAUCAAUACGUAUAGAUAGAAGCAAUAACCAAUCAAUGUUAGCUUUCUACCCUAGUUUUGUUACGAAUGGUAACCCAUUCGUUGAUAACUCUGUAUGGGAUAGCGGAAUACUUCAAGGGGACAUAAUCUCGACAGUUGGAGAAUACGCUUUCAGCCAAACCAAGUACUUUGAUAACCCCCUAGACCAAAAAUCUGUAGAAGGAUUUCCCGGAAAAAACUUCUCUAUUUCAGGACCCUACGCAAAACACUUCUCCCAUGUUUCCGAAAACGUUUCAUUGAAAACUUUGUUUCCUGUUAUCCAAAACUACAGCCAUUUGGUGGAGUACAAGCCAGGAAAUGUGGAAGAUAUCCAAGUUUUUGACAGCAAGAAAAAUAGGGUCGCUUGGUACGUCCAUGUUCCAAAAAGCAAGGAUCUACUGAGCACGUACGAGUUCAACGACCAGGGUAAAGUAGUAAAAAGUCUACCCCCGUUGUACCACGAAAAAGUUCAAACCUUGUUAAAAUUCAACUCACAUCAUAACACUACAUCCGAAGAAGAAGCGGCUCUACAAAAAAUCUUAGGCACACAUAUUACUUACGACAUCAACGGUUCUGAAAUAGCAAAGACGACACCGGAUUCCGCCAAGAUAGAAAACCUUUAUGAUGAAACAGGCUUUCUACGGUACACUGUUUAUCAUUCUAAUAACGUAACCCAAGACAUUGAAAACAUAAUCUACUUCGAUUAUGACGGUCUCGGUAGACUGAAUGACACAGGAAGGUUAACAACAUUGGCCCCCAAAGAGCAACUUCUGACGCUAAGACUUUCAAGUAACAACACAGAAAAAUUUCAACAAUUCUACCAGAGUGAUUUUGAGCGGGUACCGAUAUGGCGUGGUCAGAUGAGAAGAACUAUCACCUAUAAUGAAGGCGAACCGCUGAUUGAAGAGUCAGCUUUAAAUGCGGACCAGGAAACCUUAAGCAAACGAAUCCUUAUUCCAAUCGAUGACUACAAACCACUGUCGAUUGAAAUCAACAAGCGUUAUACAGGGGGUCAACUAAGGGAAAUCGAAUACCCCGCAGAUAUUAAAGGCAUCAACUUACGCCUUGCCUAUAGCUACAAUAAGCUCGGUAAGGUUACGGGUAUUGGCCUCUCGGAGUCGAAAACAAACUUCAUCAGUUAUACCUACAACUCUGCCGGACAUAUUGCCAGUGAACGACACUCGCCGAAUCUGGCAGUUAAUUUUACACGACACUAUAGCUAUGAAGGACCUGGUUUCCUAACCAAGUUGGAGGAUAAAUAUUUGACGGAAAGAGUUCAUUACACUUCCGGGGGUUACGGCGGACAUGGCUACGGUGACGGAACUAUCACACAAACAGAUUUCAAAGCAACGUGGCACGCAAACUGUGACGACAGAGAACUCGGCCUGAACGAACUGUCUUUCGUAAAUAAACAUAUCUCCGCGGAUGAGUCCGCACUUUGCUUCCAUGAGCUCAAGAAAGCAGGCUACUUGAAUGAAAACAAUCACCAAACUAAGGCUUUCUAUCCGAACUUGGAGCCGAAAUUCCCAAUUGUCUGCAGCUAUGGAAUAACCGGGCGACACAUUCAAGCGACUUUAGGAGAGAAAGGGUUCCCUGCAGCUUACGGGCACAGCUACGACUAUGGAAAUCAUCAAGAACUAACAAAGGCAAAAUAUACAGUGGGGCUUGACAUGCUGUCACCACUGCAACCUGACACCUUGGUCAGAGAAAUCCGUGAGCUGAACAGUACGGCAUCCCGCGAUAUAUGGCAAUCUCUGACAGAUGCGGGAUAUCUGAUUGCUAGCAAUGCAAAAGAUGACGUCUCACUAUCCCAUUCCAAGCAGGGAAAAUCGUUUAUUCGCUCAGAUUUGUGGAGCGAUUUGAUAAGCGUCAAUCCCAAUUAUGGGAGCUACAAAGAACCUUUGGAGAAAAUUCUGAUAAAUGCUUUUUCGCAGAGGCAAAGCUUGCCUUCGCUGAAGUUGAGUUUACUGGAGACUUUCGCGCAGUGGAUCAAUACUGGCAAUCGUCAACAAGCUGCGAAUAAAAUUUUAGAAAUGCUGGAAACGAAACAGUAUUUCCACAAUCCUUUGGACAAUAACUUCAUUAACAUUUUGGAGAAAUACAAGUCGCUUAUUCCAGAUGUUGUGCGCGUGUUGUCGGAGCACAUUGCCAAGCAGCUUGGUGAGUCGGAAUUUGACGUAGAAUCGUAUGGUAUUGAUGCAAACGGAAACCACAAACACUUCUACACUGGAUUUGAUCGCUAUGAGCUGAGUUACCGCAACAACACUAAUCAAGUAACUGCUGUCAAGUUCAAAUCAUUUGCUUCGGCGCAACCUGAGCAGGAGUUUUCGAUGGAACACGAUAGCAGAGGCAACGUGAUACGAGCGAUGCACCGAGGUAUCAAGAGAAUCUUUUACAACCCUGUUUCGAAUCGUGCUACCAUGAUGACGCUGACUGAUGGAAAAAAUUUAACCUUCUACUAUGACGCCCAAGGCGAAAGAAUUAUGAAGCGAGUAAGCGAUUCUCUUGGAAACACCUUGAAAGAAGUCCAUUACAUACGUGAUGAGUUCGGUCGAACCUUGGUAGAGCGCCAAAUCUCGUACUUUUCGACAGAUCUUUUGCAAGAUGUUCUUGUAACAGCGUACGUCUAUGGACCGAAGGGAUUGGUAGGAUUCUUCCGGCGAGAUGAGUUCUACAGUGUGAUCACCGACCACGAAGGCUCGACAAGGCUGGUGAUCAAGGGCGACGAAGUAGUGGCUGCCUACGAUUAUCUACCGUAUGGCCAUUUGAUGCGCGAAUAUGGCAAUAAUCCCCUGGGUCACAUUUCCUACAGGUAUACGGGCCAAGAGUACGAUGAAGAAACUGGUUUAUAUAACUAUCAUGCCAGAUUCUACGAUCCAUCCAUUGGCCGUUUCUAUCAAAUCGAUCCGAAAGGACAGUACUUCAGCCCGUACAAGUAUGCUGGAAACUCUCCGAUAUCGAUGAUAGAUCCGGACGGCCAGUUUGCCUGGUUUCUUAUACCGCUUAUCAUAGUAUUAGGCAUUACAGGAGCAUACCUUGGAGGGGCAGCGGCGAAUCGCAACUGGAAUCCAGCUAAAUGGAACUGGAAGAGCGGACAUACAUGGUUGGGUAUUAUAGGCGGUGGAAUUGGCGGAGCUUUGCUGCCUGUGGGAUUCGGGGCAUCUGUGAGUGUGUUCGCGGCUGCGGGUUUGUCAACCAUAACAGCCACCAUUGCCACUUCGGCCUUAGGAGUAGCGGGGGCAUACAUCAGCAUGGCCGCAUCAAACAAUGAGUGGGAUAUAACUAAAUGGGACUUUGCCUCACCGGAAACAUGGAACGCAGCAUUUCAGGGAUUUGCUAUAGGUUCUGGGGCAGUGGGCGGAUUCAAAAUGGCACACAAUUUCUAUUUGAAACUCACACCGAACGGUAAAAAACUAUUCAUAGUUGGAAGUAUGUUGUAUGGUAGCGGGACAUUCGUCAUGAAUGGUUUCGUUAGUGGCUGGGAUUUUAAGAAACCUGGAGUUUACUCCGGACUUUUUGAUGCCCUUGCUGCUGCUCCUGAUAUGAGCAUGUUUCUUGGUGGCACUGGUAAAGGCUUGAAAAUGUUCACCAAAGAUAUUUCUAAAGUCAUGAAAUUUUUGGCCAAGAAUAGAAAAUCUAUUUCACAGGCAUUGGAAAUCGUUAAAUCCAUGGAAGAAUUUUGGAGAAUGAUGCAACUGGUUGGAGCUGUUCCGGUUGUAGCCAUGUCCAUAUACGCAAUGGGUUCUGCAGUUAACGACAAUAAAAUAUGGGAUAUGACAUCUAUUGGAACAUAUCAAGCGAUGAUCAAUGGUCUUCUAACAGGAAGUCAACUUUUUUCGUUUGGCAAAGCAUCGAUCAAAAAGUUGGGUAUUAACAGAAAGAUUGAGCUCGCUAAUCGCCCAGCGAAAAUUUCAAACAAAGUUGCACGAGAUGCUAUAGAGAUCUACAACAACGUAAUGGAUGCAAAAAUAUUUGUUAAUGACAAGUCUUUUUCUAGAGCAUCAAUAGAUCGCAUUUCAGUCGGUAAUAUUCCAAAUGCUGCAAUGACCAUUGCAACCACGGAUCGUUUUAUGGUCGUUUCGUUUUCAACUAAUAAGGCCCCUGGAUUGAUACUGAUUUAUUCCCACGAUAAACUUAGUAGCCCUAUCUUGAAAGGAGUUUCCAUUCAAUACAAUAAUGAAGUCGUUGCAAACAGACCAGUCACCUUGAACGAUAACGAAAUACGCAGCAGUGAAAUAUUAGCUGCUAUAAAAGCAAAACAAGCAGAAAUAAAAACAUUGAAUAUCAACAAUUACAGCCAGGAAAAAUUGAGGGAAAUUUUCAAUCAUGACCGUGUAAUCAAUGAAAUUGAAACCCAAUUUAUGAGUAAAGGUUAUAUUGAUAAAUCUGUUCUAAUAAGCAUACUCCAGAGUACUGUAGAAUUCAAAGGGACAACGCACAAAGAACUAUUAAAAGAUAUGCAAACAUUAACGAAAGAAAGGAAUAAUGUUUUGCAUGGCGAUAAUAAUGUAGAGGAGCUUGCAAAUAUAGAUAGAAAAAUUAGUAAGAAACGAAAUAAAUUGGCCGAGUCGAAGAAAAAUGUUAACGAUAAUACGGAAUUAAUUUGGGGAUAUAUGGGACCGUUCAUUGAAAAAAUGACUUUAUGGGAGCCCACUAACUGUGCAGAGCCUCACGCUGUUACAGCACUAUCCAGAAUAGCCGAAAUAUUUCCCGAUCCAGCAUUGAGGUACACUUCCAAGGAUAUCCAAUAUCUUGCCUCCUACAAGCUCGCCCAUCUUCCUGAGCUCGUACCAUUCCAACGGUGUGACAACUGUCUCAUAACAACCAAAAACGUGAAAAAUGUUGUAACUGACGAUUACUGGCUCAAAGCGAUCAACGAUUUGAAAAUCAUUUAUGAACGUUCUGAGCUUGAGUUCAAUCCCCUUAAAAAUCAACUUUUCUUCCUUUUGCCCCGUCUGCAUAUGUCAGAGAGGAUUGCUCAAGCUAAAAACGCAUCCACCACUACAGUACUACCAGAUACGAGCAAGCAGAGCCGUAGGAAUCGUAGAGCAGUGGAAUAUUCACCGGAUGGUCCAAUCUCAAACAUGGCGAGCUCAUCAAACAGGAUGUCUUCGUGGAUAAGCAGCGUUGCUAACUGGUUCAAACGUUCCGUAAAUGGUUUAGGCUUCAAAGAUUCAUUACCUGAGGCGUCAACCAACACGAUUUCACAAGUCACCGCUUCGAUCGAUGGGAAAGGAACGUUGAUGCUGCUGGAUCUGAUAGUUCGUAAAAUUUCUGGUCAACAUUAUACUUCCACCGAAAGUUCGGCCAUACAGCCACUUGCAGCACAGGCACUCGCAGUUGAAAUCACGGAAACAUUUGAGAAGACAAUACAGCAAGCUGCUUCGCAAUGCGAAACCUUGGAGCAACAUUUGGGCAUCGAUUAUAGUGAAUUACAGAGUAAAAUAUUAGGCAAAGUUUUAAGUGGAAAUUUCGACAGCAUAUCGGACAUAUUGAGAUCUUACGCAAGGAACGGUCAACAUGGUAUUCAAACGAAAGAUCAUAAACUUGUUUUCACUGGUAUUGAUGAGUCGCUAAAUGAAAUUAUAAAUCGCACAAUGCAAACGGUUUUUCAUAACGAACAUAGCAGAGAUAAUGGUAUCCAAGACAGAAAAUGUUGGAAGCAACACACACCGUUGACCGAUAAUUUUUCUAAUGGAAAACAAUUAAUUCAGUAAUGGUGAAGGUUAAAAUAUUCGAAAACAAAGAAUUUUAAAACUGUUUUCUUUUGUUUAACAAUAUAUUUGCUUAAAAGAUUUUUUAGGAAACCGCUUUUUUCUUAUACUAUAAUAGAUAAUAUUGUAAGCAAGAUGUUGAGCAAGAUGUAAUUGUGAAGGUUAUUUUAGCUUGAAUUGAUCAUAAAAUGUGUUAAUAUGACUAAUGUAUUAUAAAUAUACUUUCGCUGAA